UGCCGCUGACGCUCGGAAGUGGUCCAUGUGUCUGACCUACUUGACUGUACGUGUGUGCACAAGUACACAAUCGCCGAACCGUUCCGUCCCAUUACUGUAGCGCGUUUCAAUCGUUCCUCAUAGGUUAUUCAGGAUUUACAGGCGCGUGUCAUCCGAUCAUGUCUAAAAACACGGAGGCGAAGAGCGAGGAGAUUAUGGAGUCGAAGGUGCUCUGGUACCCGGACUCGAAACACAACACACUGAUGGACCGAUUCCGGAGUCUGGUGAACCGGGAUUUUGGGCUUGAUCUGGCUAAUUAUAAUGACCUGUAUCAGUGGUCCGUGGACAGUUACCCGGAAUUCUGGGCGCAGGUGUGGAAAUUCUGUGGCAUCAUCUAUUCAAACAUGUAUGAAGAGGUGGUUGAUGUGUCUAAAAGGAUAUCAGAUGUACCUGAAUGGUUUAAAGGCAGCAGAUUGAAUUAUGCAGAGAACCUGCUCAAACACAAAGACCAGGACAAAGUGGCUCUCUAUGCGGCAACUGAGGCGAACGAGGAAAUUGUCAAGGUGACGUUCGGAGAGCUGAGGCGUGACGUUGCACUCUUUGCUGCUGCCAUGAGAAAGACGGGCAUCAAAACAGGAGACAGGGUUGUAGGAUAUCUGCCCAAUGGGAUCCAUGCUGUUGAGGCCAUGCUUGCUGCAGCUAGCAUUGGAGCCAUCUGGAGUUCGACCUCUCCAGAUUUUGGUGUCAAUGGGGUGUUGGACAGGUUUUCUCAGAUCCAGCCCAAGUUGAUAUUCUCAGUAGCAGCUGUCGUGUAUAAUGGCAAGCAGCACGACCAUAUGGAGAAACUGCAGAAUGUUGUUAAAGGUCUCCCUGACCUGAAGAAGGUUGUGGUCAUACCAUACGUUCGCUCUCGACAAGAGACAGACCUCUCCAAGAUUCCCAACAGUGUGUUCCUGGAGGACUUUUUGGCCACAGGUAAAGAGGGGGAUCAGGACCCUCAGCUGGAGUUUGAACAGCUGCCCUUCUCUCAUCCUCUUUUCAUCAUGUACUCCUCUGGGACCACUGGAGCUCCCAAGUGCAUGGUGCACUCUGCUGGGGGCACUCUCAUUCAGCAUCUUAAAGAACACAUUCUCCAUGGUAACAUGAGCUACAAUGAUGUCAUCAUAUAUUACACUACGACGGGCUGGAUGAUGUGGAACUGGCUAGUGUCUUCUCUAGCCACCGGGGCUUCCGUGGUUCUCUACGACGGCUCUCCUCUCGUUCCGAGUGCCAAUGUGCUCUGGGACCUAGUAGAUCGGCUUGGAAUUACAAUUUUUGGGACUGGAGCAAAAUGGUUGGCUGUGUUGGAGGAGAGAAAUCUAAAACCAGCAAACACACACAACCUGCAGACCCUACACACACUCCUGUCCACUGGAUCUCCACUGAAGCCUCAGAGCUAUGAGUAUGUGUACAGCUGCAUUAAGAGCAAUGUGCUGCUAGGAUCCAUAUCAGGUGGCACAGACAUCAUUUCAUGCUUCAUGGGACAGAACAUGACGGUGCCCAUUUACAGAGGAGAAAUUCAGGCGCGGAAUCUGGGCAUGGCCGUGGAAUCCUGGAGCUGUGAAGGUAAGCCUGUGUGGGGGCAAAGUGGGGAGCUGGUUUGUCUGAAGCCUAUCCCAUGCCAGCCCACUCAUUUCUGGAAUGACGAGAAUAGCAGCAAAUACCACAAAGCCUACUUUUCCACCUUCCCAGGAGUCUGGGCCCAUGGUGAUUACUGUAAGAUAAACCCAAAGACAGGAGGAGUUGUCAUGCUGGGGAGAAGUGAUGGAACCUUGAAUCCUAAUGGUGUUCGAUUUGGGAGCUCAGAAAUAUAUAACAUUGUGGAAGCCUUUGAGGAAGUAUCCGACAGCCUUUGUGUCCCUCAGUAUAACAGUGAUGGAGAAGAGAGGGUGAUUCUGUUUUUGAAGAUGGGACCCAAUAAGACCUUCAGUAAAGAGCUAGUUGGGAAGAUCCGCAGUGCUAUCAGAUUUGCUCUCUCUGCACGACACGUACCUGCCUUGAUACUGGAAACCAAAGACAUCCCGUACACUAUCAGCGGUAAGAAAGUGGAGGUUGCAGUCAAACAGGUGAUUGCAGGUAAAGAGGUGACUCAACGAGGGGCAUUCUCAAACCCUGACUCCUUGGACCUCUACAAGAACUUACCUGAGCUCCAGAACUUCUGAUCACCUGCAUGAGGUACAAAACAUCUGAACUCCUGACCCAAGGUCCAGAAUUUCUGGGCCCCCUUCGUAGGGUUUAGAUUCUGUGGACACUUGUUGGAACUCUGGACCAUCUGCAGGAAUUAUAGAGCUUUCAAACAUCUAAGAUGAGUUAUCUGGCACUUGUUCGAACUCUCAGAUCUCUCAUACUCAGUUGCUGAACUGGUGGAGCCUGUACAUAUAAUAUGUCCUGAAUUACUGAAGUGUAACUCAGUCCCUCUUGGGUAGACAACUGAGAAUGCCAUUUUAUGAGAUUCCAGAGGUGUUACAUCUCAAAGGGACAUUUUAUCUGCUUCUGUUAUUGCAUCCACCAAACAUUAUUCCCAAGCUACGAACCAAACUCACAAACAAUAUGUUUGAGACUAAAUCUGUUUUUUCCCUCUACCAUGUCAGUCCCAUAAUUUACCUCAUAUAUUUUUAAUGCAUCGUCACAUUAACCUUAAUGCAGGCUUUAUAAAAUCUAGGCAUUUAUCAUUUAAGGCUUUAAAAUGACACUAAUUAUGCUCGUCUUCACGAGUCAAAUACACUGAUAAGUAACUGAAUGUUGCUAUCUUUGAGGAAGAGGUAAUUUUUUAUUAAAGCAGAUUUUUGAAUAAGGAGAGGCAUUUGUCCAGGUGAAACACUGACUACUUUGGUGCAAACCAACUAUUUGCACAAUCAGCUAGCAUUGUGAGACACAGUAUUUGCCCAGCUGGUACAGUUUCCUGAUCUACAAACAGUUGUUGUAAUGAUGUCCAUCUCAUUUUUUACUUUUCCCUCAAAAGCUUGAUAUUCUGCCUAGAAACCAGACUGUAUUAUAAGAUUUUUAACUAUAUCCCAUCCCCAUGGUGAUUUCACCAGAUCUGCUGUAGAAAAUAUGCUAUCCAGAGCACUAUUAAGAUUUCAUUUAAACCAAUGUAGCUCACUGGCCACAAAAGGUUUAUAUAUAUUUUUUAAUGUAUUACAAAGAAUAUACACAGCAUGCACAAAUGAGAAAACUGCGUUUGUUUGUUGUCUGAAAAUCAGCAAGAUAAUUUCAACAAAAUUAUAUCUUGCUAACCUCAUAAGAGGUAAUUAUUGGACUGUCAAAAUCAAUAUCAAUACAUAUAAUGUAUUUAUUUUUUUGUCGAUGUUAUAUAAUGCAUUUAAUGAUGCAUUUAUACUUGUUUUCCAGCAUAUCACAGAACCAAUUAUCCACACUUGCACAGAGACAUACUGAUGCAUGACACUUACAGAAAAUAGACAGAUUUUGUGAAGUCGGAAGAUAUGCUGCAUCUAGUCACAACAAAAAACAGAAAGUUGGUGGCAUUUUAAUAAUUAAGAAAAAUAAAUUGUGCAGCUAAUGUUAUUUCGGCAGUCGUUUACUCCAGAUAAGUCCUACAGACUAGUAUUAGAUGUACAUUUCAGUUUUGUAGGGGUCAUAUUUCUUUUGGGCCAAGUUUAUAUUGUUUUGGACCAUCACCUUGUUUUUGGAAUUUUGCACAUUUUUUAUUUAACAUGGGUUUAUAUGGUUCAUGAAAUGUAAUGUAAUAUGGGGUUGUUGCAUGUUGGGGGGAAAAUUUAGCUUAUUAAUCUGCUUGACCUUAGUGAAACUUCAACUAAUAAUAUAUAUCUACUGUGUAUAUAUACACUGAUCAGCCACAACAUUAAAACCACCUGCUUAAUAUUGUGUAGGUCCCCCUCAUGCCCCAAAACAGCGCCAAUCCACAUCCCAGAAUAGCAUUCUGAGAUGCUAUUCUUCUCACCACAAUUGUAUAGACCGGUUAUCUGAGCUACCAUACUGAGUAAAUUCUAGUGACUGUUGUGCGUGAAAAUCCCAGGAGAUCAGCGGUUACAGAAAUACUCAAACCAGCCCAUCUCACACCAACAAUCAUCCUUGCGAUUAUCUAAUCAGCCAAUCAUGUGGCAGCAGUGCAGUGCAUAAAAUCAAGCAGAUACGUGUCAGGAGCUUCAGUUAAUGUUCACAUUAACCAUCAGAAUUUGGAAAAAAUGGGAUCUCAGUGAUUUGGACUGUGACAUGAUUGUUGGUGCCAGACGGGCUGGUUUGAGUAUUUCUGUAACUGCUGAUAUCCUGGAAUUUUCACAAACAACAGUCUCUAGAAUUUACUCAGAAUGGUGCCAAAAACAAAAAACAUUCAGUGAGCAGCAGUUCUGUGGACGAAAAUGCCUUGUUGAUGAGAGAGGUCAAAAGAGAAUGGCCAGACUGGUUCGAACUGACAAAGUCUACGGUAACUCAGAUAACCACUCUGUACAAUUGUGGUGAGAAGGAUAGCUAUUCUGAGAUGCUGGUUGGCGCUGUUUUGGCGGCACGAGAGGGACCUAUACAAUAUUAGGCAGGUGGUUUUAAUGUUGUAUAAUAUAAGCUAGACAUAAUGUCAUAAAUGAACCUCGGGCUAUGGUAAAAUGGCCCUUUUAAAUUACUACUUUUUCAAAUUGAAAAUCAUUUGGUAUAGUGGUACAGAUGGUAAGCAGUUGUUCAGGCCGCUUGAAUUAAAUCAGUCCUUAUUUUCUGUUCAGACAGGCAGAGACGGGUCUUUUUCGCCUCAUGCCAACCCUUGUGCCACCAUAUGCCCCAGACUUACCAGGUCUGGGACAAAGGACGUUAGCAAAGCUACCAAAUCCUUCUUUUUUUUUAUAGUCACCCAAAAAUUUACGGUAUGCUAUCACUUUUUUCAGAAACGUUUUCCUCCCCAACAAAACCUCUAUUGACGUUGCACUACAAAUUAUAUUUCCAUACUCCCAGCAAUUUCAUGAACAUUCCUUGGAGAUCUUUUCCAUUUGAUACAUGGAAAUACUGGAAAUACUUUUUAUCUGUAAGGUUUUGUUUGGGUUAAUAUUGCAUUACAUUAAAUUAAAUGUAUUUGGUGUACUACUAUUAAAUGCGAGGUGCUCUCUUCUCAAUGGCUAAUGUAAUAUUUCUGCUUUUAAAUAUAAUUGCUGAAUGUGAAUAAUGAUUACUAAUACAGUUCAAGGUAUAUUUGUUAUAAAUAUUUUAUGCCUAUAUAUCAAUGGACGGCUUCAGUUGAGUCCACUAGGAACAUAUGGUAUUUCAUGUAUAAAGAUGCAUAUUGUACUUAAAAUUAAAUAACGCUUAAGAACUCGGCAUGACAUAUUGUCUUUA